CACAAUCCACAAAAUAGUCGAAACGUCAAAAAUUGGAAAUCUUCACACACCAUGGAGACUGUUUUUCACGGUUUUUGAUUCUUCGAAAAUAAUAUAAAAUGGCUGAGGAGGAUCGUAAGAUAGUGGAGGAGCUGAUUGUGGACUAUGCUUGCAAAAACUGCAUGGAUGAUGUAGUUGCUGCCUUUGCCGCCAAACGAGGCUGCAACUGUUUCGAUGACAUCGAGGUUCCUCAUCUACGCGUGGCCAUGUUCACCGUGUACUCCAUCGUCCGGCGAAAAGAUGUCGCCAAAUUUGAGAUGUCUCUCCAGCUCCUUGGAAAGGUGCACUCAAUCGCUCCGGAUCUUGUCCCCAUCAAGUAUUACAUCAAACUUAUCACUGGUCUCAAGACAAAGAUUUUGUUAAACAAGUUGUCACAGAAGUCUUUUGACUACACAGAUGCUUGUACACGUCUGAACCGCUAUUUUCCCAAAUCUAAACUGAAAACAAAUGGAGUGAGCGAGCUGGAGUCCGAUCUCAACGGUUAUCAGCUCCAGUUCCGUCGACGCCUUACUAGACUGAUUCUCAGCCCAGCAGAGAGAGAGGCGUACCGGAACAAUGUCCUGGCAGACGACAGUGAGUUGGGAGCUGCCUUAAUGGUUUUAACUCAACGUCUGCUCAGAAUGUUCAUAGACAGGUUGAACUGGGAACUUCCUGAGCCUGUUAUUGAACAGAUUAUAUCGGAAGGCACCCAAUCACAAAUUGCGCAAGAUUUUCAAGACUCCCAGUCUGCCAGCGGAAUGGACCAUCUGCUCUCUAAAAUCUUCAAAGGUGCCCCAUCUCAAGACACCCUAAUCUCCAUCUUGAAGACAUGCUGGGAGGAGGAGGAGGACAUGGACAUUUCAGACAUGGAGAUAUCAGUCAAUACGAGACAUGAAUUGGAUUACUCCAGUUCGCCAGAUAUUUUUGCCUGUCCUGUGUCAACCAGGACCCUUGGAAGACCAACGUCGAACCACCGAGCCCCUGCACCACCAAAGUCGACCCACAAAGCUCGGUACGGCUGGAUGAGCGAUAGAGUCUCCCCACCCCAAUUUCCUGAUGGUGCGGAUGUAGUCGAAGGUGCCUCCUGCUUCAGAGAAAAAUUGAGGGAGAUGGCUGGUGCGAGGAAGACACUUGCAAAGUCCAGUCGACUUGAUGAAUCGGGUAGUUCAUCUUGUCGGGGAAUAAAACCUUGUUGCGCCUAUGGGGAAACUUGUGCUGAUGACCAGAGGGUUCAUAGGACCUGCUUGGGCUGCCAGGCAUUGGAGAUAUAUCAUUCAAAGCCAGGAUCAUUCGGAGGGUCCACUCCAAAACCAUAUUAUGAGGCUGCUACCAAUAGGGAACUUGGAUCCACAGCCAUUGAAGAUGGAUCUGCAGCCAAUGAAGACGGAUCCACAGCCUUUGAAGAUGGAUUCACAGCCAUCCGUGAGUCCCCAGGGGAAACGAUGACGGUAGUUGUUGCCCCCUCAAACAACAUCUUACCAACGCCGAAAUCUUUACCUGCGACGGGAUCUGUCAGCGGAAGCAGAAUUUAUUACAGUAAAAACCAUCCUCGGAAGGGAACUCCCAACAGACUAACAGCUCAGUGUCCUAGUCAACCGCAACGGCAAAAUACAUCCACAGCUACUGAGGAAAUGAGCAAGAUUCUCAAAGACUAUAACCGAAGCGAGUGCGAUGAUGUGGUAUAUGUUAGCCCUAACUUUUUAACCUCUGACCCCAGCAACUCGCAAGUCAGCAAGAGUAGUAGCCAUGAGUCGCGGCGGGAAAGCACGAGCGAUCAUUCUGACUGUAGCCUCUCGAUCCUUGCGGGGUUACCGGUGGGAAGAUCCAACCCUAUCAACCCACGGAGUACGCCUGAAGCGAUGAGCUCUCUGGAGGCAGAGAUGAGGGAGUUGACGAGCGUCGUUCACAAUCCAGUGGUUCCUGACUACCAUGUUUAUCCAGUCACCAGGUCGGACAUCUUGACCUCCGUGGAACCCAUGUUAAGUGGCAGUUCCAUUAAAGUUGUUCCAGAGACACCCCUGAGUGAGCAGGGUGAUGUAGGCUCAGCAAUGCACCGAGUAUCUGAGCAUGGCAAUACACAGGGCAGCAACGGUGAUAAUAAAGGCAGCCAUACCAGUGAUGACCAGCGUGUGUCCCAGAUGGAACAGAUAGGAGAAUGUCAGACCACUGAGGAACAUGACAACGAAAAUAUGGAUGCGUUGGGGUCCAUUGAUGCUAGGGAGAAACAUCCCGUAGUCAAGCUGAGGAGAUUAAGUCAAGACAGUGAAGCCAAGAAAUACUUGAAUUGUCCAGAAGUGUGCAAGGACGCUGGAGAACUAUUGUCGGAUGAAGAUUCUUCGUCAGAUGAGUCUUUUGUGUCCGACUCAGACGAUGGGACUGGCUCUGGGUCCGAUAGCAGUAGUCUGCCAAGCAUUGAGUUGCGUCCAAAUUCAGACAUCCCAUUUGUCCGCCGCAUCCCAACGCUCAAGAGGUACCUUCAUCACACACCUCCUCCCAAGAAAGACGACACCGAAGGGAGAAUCCAAAUGAGAGAGUGCACAGUACGACUCUACAAAAUGAAGCCCAGAGAUAUCAAAGCCCUUACCAAGGACAAGAAGAAACGAUUCAAGCGGUUAGAUUUUACACCAACAUGAGGGUCUAAAACAACUACCCCAAACUCCUAAAAAAAAUGCCAUCCCUGUUUUGGCCCCGACUGUGGUUGCUUCAGUACUGUGUGUAGUCGAACCCUAUGCUAAGAAAUGGGGGAAUGGCAUUCUUAUUCCAUCAGAGUUCAAAGGUAUAAUAAUAAUAAUAAUAAUAUGGAAGUCUUAUAUAGCGCACGUAUCUACCAAACAAGGUACUCAA